AUGGACAAGAAGGAGAAGUCCAGGGCAGCGGCCGCCGGUCGCCUGCCCGCUUCUCGCCCUCCCGGCCUUCCGAUCCCCAAGUCCGCAGGGUCUCCACGACCCCCUCCUCCAGUAACCAGCGCGGCUCUCCGAGUUCUGGGAGCAGCAGCCGCCGCAGGGCGAGGGCCCCUGGCAGAGAGAACUGGGGGCAUCCGGGGAACCGCUCUCCCGGAGGUUACUCCCCAGUUGGGACCAACGCGGAGUGCUGGGACGGGCCCCCGGAGCCCAGCUUCCAGGCCCCCAGCGACUGGGAGAGGAGAGCGGGCCCCUGCCAGGACCCCAGGCUCAGGCUGUAUCUCUAGCCCCGGGCAUGCCAGUGCGCCCACCAGACCAGGCCCUCUUGGGCAGAAGGGGCUCCGUCCCCCAACUGAGGAACCUGCGGCCAGAGGAAAAGCCACAGAUUCACCCAGAAGAAGCACCCUGAGUACCGGGGCACGGAGAGACUCUUCUGGGUCCACCCCAGCCAUACCCUCCCCGGUCAAUUCCCGUCGGCCUCGGGCUGCGGGGGCUGAGGUGGGUGUCCCCCGGGCAGCUCCAAGUGCCCGGCUCCGGCCCCCGACGACUGAGGCCUCCAGGAAAUCAGUGAACAGCGCCCCAGAGCGCAGCGCGGCGGAGCCGAGCCCUGCCGCCAGGAGGCGACCCAGCGCCGGCGGGAGCCUCCAGAGGCCAACCUCGCGCCCCCUGGGCUCUAGCGUCACCCCUCUAUCCUCCCCUGUCCGCUCUGGAGCUUCCCCGGCUGGAACACCCCGGGCUCUUGUUCAGCCCAAGUCGAAAGGGCUGCAGACCCUUCGUGGCCCGCAGGCCACAUCCCCCAGGAAAGGCGCAGCCCCAGUGAGGGGCCUUUCUCCUCUGGCCACAUCCUCUCUACCUUGUCCUACCGCACCGCCUCCGCGUGUCCCAGCCACUCCCUCUCGGGACGCGCUCCCUCCUUCUCCACCGACCACGCCCCCUUCCCAGGCCCUCAGCCGGUCUUCGACCACGCCCCAUUCACUAGCCCCUCCCUCUUCGGCUCCACCCUCUCUGCUGACCCUCCCCUCUCCUCCGGCCACACCUCCUUUGCAGGCUCCACACACACAACUGGGUACAUCCUUUCUGGAGGGGUCCGCCUCUCCUUUGGCCAUGGCCCCUCUCCCUCCAGUUUCACCCGCUCUGCAUAGUGUACUCCCCACCGAGGCGUCUUUGACUUUACCUCCUUUUCCAGCUCUCCCCUCUCCCUUAGCCACGCCACCUUCGGCAGGUCCUCUACCACCAGCCGCUGCCCCCAUACAAGCCCCUCUGUCUCAAGCAGCAUCUGUGAGGAACCUGUCCUCUCCCCUAGCCACACCCCCUCCUCAAGCUCCUUCCGCCCUGGCCACGCCCCCUCCGCAGGCCAGUCCUCUGUCUCCACCUCUUCAGGCCACGCCCUAUACACUGGACACGCCUCUCACACCCCCUCCACAGGCCUCACCCUCUCAGACCACACUCUCUCUGCAGGGCCACUCCUAUACAGACCCCAUCUCCAGCCUCACCACCUUUGCGGGCGACCCCUCCUUCGCUGGCCGUGCCUCAUCCGCACUCUACACCUUCUCUGACCACGCCUUCUUUACUGGCCACUUCCCCUCAGAGCCUGCCUCCCCUGCUGGCUCCACCUUCUUUGGUCUCACCUCCUUUGCAGACUCUUCUUCUCCCCAGGCCACACCCCCUCCGCAGGCUCUACCUUCUCUGAGCACGCCCCCUUUACAGGCCACUUCUCCUCAAAGCCUGCCUCCUCUGCAGGCUCCACCUUCUCUGGCCUUGCCCCCUCUUCAGGCCCCUCCUUCUCUCCCUGCUUCACCCCCUCUGCAAGACUCUCCCUCUCCUCUGGCCACACCCCCUCCGCGGGAUCCGCCUUCUAUGAGCACGCCCCCUUUACAGGCCACUCCUCCUCAAAGCCUGCCUCCUCUGCAGGCUCCACCUUCUCUGUCCUCGCUCCCUCUGCAGGCGGGUCCCUCCCCCUCUGCUUCACCCCCUCUGCAAGACCCUCCCUCUCCUCUGAUCACGCCCCCACCACGUGCUCCACCUUCCCUGGCCUUGCCGACUUUGCAGACCCCUCCCUCUCCCCCUGCCUCACCUCCUCUGCAGGCCCCACGCCGCCCUCCAACCCCAGGUCCCGAUGCCCCCAUCUCGGGCCCACGGCUGACCCUGGCGCUGGCCCCGGGCCCACCGCCGCCGCCGUCACGCAGCCCAUCCAGUACGCUGAGUGGCCCGGACCUGGCGGGCCACAGCAGCAGCGCCACCAGCACGCCCGAGGAGCUGCGCGGCUACGACAGUGGGCCCGAAGGAGGCGCCGCAGCCUCUCCGCCUGCCGAUGCCGAGCUCGCCGCCUGCCACCCGGCAGCUUGGAGCCGAGGUUCCGCGCCGCCUCUGGCCAUCCGUAGCACCCCAGGAGCGCCCCUGCCUUGGUCUCCUGCAUCCGGGUCGGGCUCUGCUGAUGGCUUGUGCACCAUCUACGAGGCUGAAGGUCCCGAGUCGGCGAGCCCCGCCACAGACGCGCUGGAUCCCGGGCCUGGGUCCGGCGCGGGCGGUGGGAAGGCGGCGGCCGGAGCUGCGGCUGGUGCGGCCUCUCGUGGCGCGAAGCCGGCGCGCUUGGGAGAGCUGCCGCUGGGGGCGCUGCAGGCGAGCGUCGUGCAGCACCUGCUGAGCCGGACGCUGCUGCUAGCUGCGACCGAGGAGGCCGCGGGAGGCAGCGGUGGUCCAGGGGGCGCCGGGGGUGGCGGCAGCGCGGGGGGCGCCCGCACUACGUUGAGCGACGCCGAACUGGGCCGCUGGGCCGAACUGUUGUCUCCACUGGACGAGUCCCGCGCCAGCAUCACCUCAGUCACUAGCUUCUCCCCGGAUGACGUGGCUUCCCCGCAGGGUGACUGGACCGUGGUAGAGGUGGAGACCUUCCACUGA